UGCGAAAGUCCACUACCAAGAUUUUUUCAAAUUCGCAUCUUUGGUUUUAACAGGGAGUUUAUUUUUGUACAUUCUUUUACUUUUUUAAAGUAAGGUCCAAUUCCUUUUUUUUUGGACGGAUCCUUGAAGAGUGGAACCAGUUCUUCGGACUUUUCUUGGUGACUCUGCUUUUCGUUUAGCUUUAAAUAUCCGUGUUAUUUUCGGGUUUGAUUUGUCAUUCUAAAAUGAAGAAUAAGUAUACUCCUGUUUCAGACUCUGAUGACUCUUCCAAAACGCUCAAUGAUGAAAAGGCAGAGAGUCGACCUCUUUCAGAUGGUACGCCUCCUCCGUAUUCAGCUUCCAAGAAAUAUAUCGAUUUAGAAAUAGCUCUUGAAACGGAAGAAAUUUCUAAAAAGAAAAGAUAUCUGACGCCUCGUGAAUUGGCAGUCGUUUUUACUGUUUUCAUUGUAUAUAAUGUAUGCUUAUUUAUUGCGAGGGCUGUUCUGCUUGUUUACGAAAUCCAUAUAAAUCAGAUUGCCACUUGGGUACUUUUGUUCGUUUGGUGUGUGCUAUUUCUGUCAUUGGCAAUCGUUAUAACUCAAAUGCCUAAAGAAUGGUUUACGCAAGCUGGAAGAUCAACCAAAAAAGUAUUUUCAGCUAUGUGUGUCGCAGCAUUAUAUGUGUGUUCUCUCGAUGUCCCCGGUUUCGCCAUGUAUUAUAAUAUAAAGAAACUAAUAGGAUUUGAAAAGAUAAACAAUCCUUUAUUCUAUGCCGUUUGUUUUGUUAACUUUGCCUUGUUUCUUUAUUUGACGAUGAAUCCAAAUGCGCGUGAACUACUAGGAUCAAUUAUUAUUGACUUGAAAAACGACUUUGGACACGGCUUAGGAAAUGCUGUGGAUCGUCUUUUAGGAGCAAAUCGAACUUUAGCCUCUUACUGAGCAAAGGGCUGAAAUUUGAGUUUUACCGAACCUGCUUUCGUUCUUCAUAUUCGCUCCUUUUUUCCUUCUUUGGAAGUAUUCAUGUCAGUUGCAGUCCACCAAGUUAUUGCAUUCGCUUCCACAAAAGAAAAAAUAAGAUAAAUUCGGCAGACUUUGAUUGUUUUACUAAUUCACUCUUUCAUGGACUUUAAAUUCGUCUCGCAAUAUCGUUGUUUAUGCAUCGUUCAUUUUCUUCGUGUAUAGAACAUCCUAUUGAUUAUAAACAUACUCUAAGAAAAUUCCACUAUUGUUUAGCUCAACACUGAGAGGCGUAAUUGCAUGUCUCGUAAAUGGCAAGGACGAAAAUGAGUAUCAACAGAGACUAAAUAAACUGUUUAUACAACUUGCUUAGUAUAGUAUACCAGAUCCCUGGAAGCUAUACUAUUC